CACCGGAGGCCGUCUUAUUUGCUUGUCGAGUCCGAUCUGUCGGUCACUUGUGUUUUAUAAUACGUAGUGAAUAUACUAAUAUCAAAUAUAUUAUUAUUAUUAUCGGGUUAAAAUACGUUUUUAUACGUGCGUUAUAAUUGACUUUUUGGAUUAUAAAACAUAAACAUAUACCUAUAUUUUUCUAAUACUUCUACUGUUUGUAUUUGUGAUUUGUUGUGUUUUACGUCUUGUGCGGAUUUCAGUGUUUGCCUAUAUACCUAUGACUAGAUGAUGAUCAUGACCAACGAAAACCAAUACCUGAGACCGGAUUAUUUGUCGCCUCUGCCGUCGUUGGACGCCAAAAACAGCCCACUGGCGCUGUUGGCUCAGACGUGCAGUCAGAUCGGUGCUGACGUGCCACCUAACUCCAAGUUAAACGGCGGCCACGGCGGCGACAAAGUACACCAUCAACACGUGGCCAACAACAAGAAGACUGGUGACGGCCGGGACAAGCGUUCGCCGUCGUUGUCGUCCGCGUCGUCGUCGUCCGGUUCUAACAGCGGUUCGCCGUCCGGUCGCGUGCCAGCCACCGUGACGGUCACACCAGUGUCGACGGCUAGGUCCAGCUUCAAGCCGUACGAAUCGUGCGUGCUCAAACCAGCGGCCGAAGUAGCCGCAGCUAGCACGCCUAUCAGCCUAGACGCCACCAUCAGGAGAGCGACGCCGCUGAACGACCGUUGCAGCAGCAAAGAAAGUGCGUCUAGCCGGAAAUCGCCGACCGAAGACCGGAAGCACGAGUCGAAAUCCGCCGCCGUCGUUACCUCUGCGUCGGUAACGCCAGUGUCGUCGUCGGCUGGAUUUCACGCCCAUCAUCACCUUUCCGGCGCCGCAGCCCUGGCCGGUUCACACAUGAUGAGCCCCUAUUUCAGGACCGCGGCCGCCGGCCCCUUGCCGUGUCGGGAUCCGUACUGCGCAGGAUGUCAACUGGCAGCUCAGUUGGCGGGCGCCAGCAAACCGCCAUGUCCGGCCGGAUGCGUGCAGUGCGACCCAAAGAAUCACCAUCACCAUCACCACCAGCAGCAACAGCACAGCAUGGCGGCGGCAGCGGCGUACGCGCACGCCCAACUGGCCGCACUGGCCGCGGCCGCCAACCAGCUGCCGUACGUGUGCUCGUGGAUGGCGGCCACCGCGGACGUGCCGUCUUAUUGCGGUAAGCGGUUCGGCACCUCGGACGAGCUACUGCAGCACUUACGUACGCACACGUCGGAUCCCGCGGCCGCGUUGCCUUUGCUGCAGCGGUCGUACCCCACACCGCCGCUGAGCCCGUCCACGAGCCGUUACCAUCCGUACGCUAACGCGGCCAAACACCAUUCACCGUAUUUCGCGGCGUACCCGUCAUCGCCACUGGCCAUGCCACCGCACCCCGGCCUCUUGCCGCCCUAUUUUCCGGCCGCCUACUCGCCGUACGCCUCUCGAUUGGGUACUUCGCCGCACACAUGAUGAUAAGCCCAACACACGGCCCUUAGUUUUUAUUUGUUAUUACUGGAUUUUGUUGACGCAGCGACGGCCGGCCGUGACCUCCUUUUAAACGCAGGACGGUACGACUGGAUCGUCCACAACGAAAUGGUAUGCCUGACCCACGCCACCGGUACUAGAAGUGAUAACGGUCAAACGGUAUGGACGCAACGAUUAGCUGUGACCAAAGGACAGCUGUAGUAUCGUUAUUAUAUUGGUUUUGCAACGGAUUAUUCAGAUUUUUUUUUCCUUUUUUAUAGGUCGAGUUUGUUUUUCAAUACCUAUUACAAUAUUAUUUUACCGACAUGCUUUUUAUUUAUUAUUAUAUAUUAUUAUUUUUUGUUAAAACUCUGUAUGUUACCUUGUUUUUUUUGUUAUUUGGUUGUAUUAUUAUUAUCGUAUUGAAAUUUCAAACGUUGGAAAUAUUUUUUUAAAUCGUCUAUUUAUUAUUAUAUAUAUAGUAAUAAAACAAUAUAAGGUAUAUAUAUUUAUAUAUUUAUUAUUAUAUAUCAAGAAUUUACAUUGUACGAUUUAUUAUAUUCUUUGUAAAUAUAUAAUUCAUUAUACCGUUGAACUCAGUGUUAU